GCGGAUUUGAUUCGCUAGAUCUUCUAGAAGAAUGGCGGCCAACGCGACUACCAACCCGUCCCAGCUUUUGCCGCUUGAAUUGGUGGACAAGUGUAUAGGCUCUCGUAUUCACAUUGUUAUGAAAAGUGAUAAAGAAAUCGUUGGCACGCUCCUAGGAUUUGAUGAUUUUGUCAACAUGGUAUUAGAAGAUGUCACUGAAUUUGAAAUCACACCUGAAGGAAGAAGAAUCACAAAGCUAGAUCAGAUUUUGCUGAACGGAAACAAUAUAACUAUGUUGGUUCCUGGAGGAGAAGGACCAGAAGUAUGAAUAUUCAUUUGACAUCAUUGGAAAAAGUUUUGUUGCAUAUUUUGUGUUGAAACAUAUUCUUAGAAUAUGUUCUGAAAUUUGUUAAAUUUCUGUUCUUAUAUUUCAUAGUGAUAUUUAAAUAUAACAUAGCUUCCUUUUCAAGGAUGCAGCAUCUUUAAUAAUGGUUUUUUUACAUUAAAAUCGUGACUUUGUUGUAAAAACAAAAUUAGUUUGUUGUUAAGGGCAAAAAAAUAAAAUGUUUUUUUUAUGCUGAC